AUGGAGGAAGAUAACGUUAACAUCAACAUCAACGACGAAAGUGUGGAGAACCCGUUUGCAAGAAGCGGUCUGGCGAGGUCGCUGACAGAACAGAACCAGCAGAAGCAACAACAGCAGCGGGAGCAGCAGGAUCGGGAAAAAGAGCUGCACGAGCAGCAGAAGCGAGAGCAGGAGCAGUGCGAGCAGCAGCAGCGCGGGCAUGAACCAGGCGAGAAGCAGCAGCAUCGGCAGCUGCGAAGCGCAUGGAAUUCACUCCCAAGGCAGUCGAAGGUGGAAGCUGCGAAAACUGAAGCGGACGAGCUUCGUGAGUUCGUCGACAAGAGACAUAACGUGCACAAGGACAUUAAGGAUCUCGUGCAAGAAUUCAAGGAAGCCUUGGGUCAGCCAUCAAAGACUGGAGAAGAUUGA